AUUAUACAAGUAGCAUUUUAUUAAUUCGUCGUGUUGAAAAUGUAAAUGAUUAAUAUUGGAAUUUUUCUUUUCCCGCAUAACCUCAAUAUUGUGGAUAUCCCAAGAAUGAUUUGGGAUUUAUAAAUUGUAAAUUUCAAGCGACAGUACAAAUAGUGAUAAUGCACGGAAAAGGUUUUAUUUUUUUCAACGUGUCUCUGAUUAUUUUAACCAUAAGUUCAUCGGUCAAAUGUCAACAAUCAUGUGAAACUCCGAACGGUGUUUCGGCGAUUUGCAUUUCCGUUUUCGAUUGUAAACAUUUUAUAAAAGCUAUUAGAAAUGGAAAUCUUUCACAACUCGCUUUUAUACGAAAGUCACAAUGCGGUUAUGAUUCUACUCCCUUUGUUUGCUGUGGUGAAGAUGUCGAUUUCCUCCCAAUACCAUCAGGAAGAUCUUCGUCAACUAUUAGUCAAAAUUUUCUAAGAAACUCGGCAAUUCCUGAUUGGAACACCUGCGGAAUACAGAAAUCUGAUACUGGUAUUGCAAGAUUCAUUAUUGGAGGAACAGAAACGAAAUUGAAAGAAUUUCCUUGGAUGGCUCUUCUUGGUUACACAGAUAAAUUCGAUAAUUUGCUAUGGCCUUGCGGCGGUACUCUCAUCAACUCCAGGUAUAUUUUGACAGCUGCACAUUGCGUCACUGGAGAUAUAUUAAAAUUAGUAGGGAAACUUUCUUAUGUGAAGCUUGGUGAGCACAACGUAAAAACCGAAAUCGAUUGUGACAAACACGGAAAUUGUAACAAUCCUCCAGUUGUAGUAGGUGUGGAAACUAGUAUUUUCCACGAGGAUUACGAUCCAGAUGAUAAAACCAGCGCAAACGAUAUAGCUCUAAUAAAAUUGCAUCAACACAUCACGUACACAGAUUUUAUACGUCCAAUAUGUCUCCCGGAACCAAACGAAUCUUCUGUUAUCGGGGAUUAUCUCACAACAGCCGGUUGGGGUUUAACAGAAAAUCGGACUAAUUCUAAUUAUUUAUUAAAAGUGGAAGUUCCAUUAAAUGAUAAUGAAAAAUGUAAUAACGCUUUUAGAUCUACGGGGGAGACGCUGUUAGAUUCACAAAUUUGCGCUGGAGGAGACGCUGAACGAGAUUCUUGCUCUGGGGAUAGCGGGGGACCUUUGAUGGCUAGAAGGGCGAGCAAUCCACGUCAAUGGUACCAAGAAGGAAUCGUUUCUUUCGGUGAUGUAAGAUGUGGUAUACAAGGAUUACCGGGUGUUUAUACAAAAGUCUCAAGUUUCUUAUCCUGGAUACAUAGACAUGUUGAAGAUUGAAAAUUAGUUUAAUCAAUUGAAUGUGAUAAACAAAUGUCAGAUUUUAUUAUAAUAAAUGAUUAUUUAAAA